AUGCUUCUGUCAUUGGUUGUGCUUAUCUUAUAUUUGUUUUGUCAAUAUGCAAAUAUACUCUUGACCGUUUCUCAAGAAAUAGCUUGUAAUCGUGCAGAUGUGAGACACCCAUCAAGUUUAGCGAAGUUUUCCCGCUGUACGGUUAUCGAAGGUGAUCUGUUCAUCGUGUUUACACGAAUACCAAAAGAUGCAAACCUACCGCUGCUUAGAGAAAUUACUGGGAGCUUACUUGUCUACGACGUUGAAGGCCUGGAUGAUUUGUCCCAGUUCUUGCCGAACUUAACUCUCAUUAGGGGACAAACGUUAGUGUACGGCUAUGCAUUGGUUAUCAAAAGUACAUCGCUUAAGACAAUUGGUCUAUUUUCUCUCCGAGUGAUCCAACAUGGUGGAGUUCGUGUGGACAGUAAUCCUCAGCUGUGUUAUGCCAAAACAGUUGAUUGGAAUGCGAUUUUCGAAAGUCAAAUUGGGGAUGUGUCUUCAUCUCUUAGGAUUGUUAAGAAUGGUUUACUUUGCCCAGAUACGUGUUCGUCAAGUUGCUCUUCAAAAAUGCAUAACGAUGUUACUCAUAUAACAACAGAACAUUCGAAUCCUUUGUUAAAUGGUGGCGCUCAUUGUUGGUCAGUGAAUGAAUGUCAAUCUAUUUGCCCUAUGAAGUGUACUCUGCGGAAUUUGACGUGCACAAUGAGUCGUCCCUAUAGAUGUUGUCAUCCUGAAUGCCUUGCUGGAUGUUAUGGCGAUGGGCCAGAUAGGUGUGUUGCGUGUAAGAAUGUAAUGUUUGAAAACCGUUGUGUAUCUUCGUGUCCAUCGGGGACGUAUAAGUAUCUUAAUCGAAGAUGUAUUACAGAAUAUCAAUGUUUAGUUGAAUUACCCAAUUUGGUGUAUGCUGAUUCUCCAUAUACAUAUGAUUACUAUAAGAAUAAUCCUUCAGUUGAUUCAUUUCCCUUCAAUAACAAGACAAAAACAGAAUCGAGUUUUGCACUGCUCGGUGAUUCCUGUCUUCUGAAAUGUCCUACAGGUUACAAAAAGUCUUUGAAAACCGGUCGUUGUUAUGCUUGUGAAGAUCAGUGUGAACUAAAACACUGUCGAGAAUUUCUAAUUCAUAGUUUGAAGGCACUUGAUACUUUAGUUGGUUGCCAUUCAGCUAAGGCUAUUUAUCUUAGCAUUCAAGAAGGUAAACCCGAAACUGUAGCUCUGUUAUUGGAUAAAGCGUUUGCAAAUUUAAGAGUUAUACACCAUAGUUUACGUAUAGUACGUUCAUCUGUACUUCUUCAUUUAAAUUUUCUACGACAUAUACGUUCUAUUGGACAAGUGGAAAGAAAUGUUUCAAGUCAUACGAUUGUUUUCGAAAUCUCAGGAAAUGAUAAUUUACGUGAAUUAUGGUCAUUAACCGGAAAUUCUACUAAAGAUAAUAAGCGUAAUAAUAAUAGCUUACACAUUCUAUCGCAUGGUUUAAUACGCAUUACACAGAAUCGUGAAUUAUGUCCAGAGAAAGUUUUUCAGUUAUUUCAAUCUGGUAUUAUAAAAUUACCAGGAGAUUACAAUAAUAAUACAUUAACACAAGCAGAACGUGAAAUGAUUUCUAUAACAAAUGGAGAUUUAGCCUACUGUAAUUGGAGUGAAUUUACCCUAAAGCUGAGUAAUCUAAGCUCUCAUAGUGUUCGUGUUACAUGGCGUUAUCCGUCUACUUUUCAAUUUGUAAAUAAAUCUUUAUAUGACAAUAAUUCUUCUAUACAAUCAGAUAGUGCAAAAUCCAAUCCUACAGAUGAACUUGUAUUAAUCUAUCUUUUCUAUCAACUAGCUCCGAAUGAUUUGCCAAAUAUUAAAGUCAGAAAAAUGUAUGACAAAAAUUCAUGGCGUAUGUUAACAGUCUCAUGUGAUUUAAAUAUUGGUAAUACGGAAUUCGAUUGUGGUUCAACACUGAAUGAUCUAGAACCUGCAUCACGUUAUGCAGUAUAUGUAGAAAUGAAAUUCCCCUUGAGACAAACCGGUGCUAUCAGUAAUUUAGUUUACUUCACAACAUUGUCAAUCAACCCUUCUCCACCUCAGUAUGCAUGGUUAGAGCCUAAUGAUCAGUUUUCACUUCGUUUGACAUGGCUGCCACCAUCGAAACCAAGCGGGACUAUUGAUUCUUACCUAAUAUGGAUUCAUAUUAUCCAAGAUAAUCCUGAACAGUAUUUUAAACGAGAUUUCUGCAUUCAUAAACCUAACUGGUUGCAGUCGAAUUGGCAUGAAAGUUUACCACUGAAGCAAACAAAUCAAGUGAAAUUUAAAAAUCAUUUUUGUGAUGCUUGUUUGUCUUGCCCAAAUCUUUAUGAAAUUGAACAACUUUCAAAUUUACAGACAGCCUCAUUUUCACAUGGAAAACACUGGCCAACUUCUGUGAGCAGAUGGAUGACAGAUGAUUUUGGAAAUAUUUUACCAGUUCAAGUUGUCGGUGAGGUUACUUCACUUGAAUAUUUGAAAUCUGGAACAAUCGGUUUAAUUGUGAGAAAAAAUGUUUCACCAAAUAAAUAUGUUUCAAAUUAUCAAGAAACAUGUAUCCCAGCAAGUAAUGAGAAUGUACAACUUUUGACAGGAUUUUCACCGUUCACCAGAGUGCUUAUUGAAAUACAAGCAUGUUUGGAUUAUCGUUCAAUUUCACAAAUUAAAACAGUGGACACAAAUUGUUCUCUUCCACCGCCUUGGGUAAAUGUAAAGCCUGGUGCAUACUUAGAUCUCAAUCAACUUCACCAUCAAUGGUCAGCGUGUGAGUAUAAGCUUUGCAGUGCAAGAUCUACUAUAAUCAAUCGUAUAAAGCCUCAAAUUGAAGUUGACAAUAUUCCUGUGUCAACAAUUCAUGCAUUUUCGUAUGGUCCAGGUAGUAUUCGUAUUAUAUGGUCGAAUCCUAUUCAGCCUAAUGGUGUAAUUAUACAUUAUAUGCUACGUUACAGACAGAAAAAGCAUGAUAACCUUCAUCAAGAUAAUCAUUCCUCUGUAGAUAUAUCUGUACCAUGGUUCACAAAAUGUGUAUCACUACAAGAUUGGAAAACUGUUCCUUCUCAGCCUACAACUUCACUAAAUCUAAGCUCAUCUUUUGAUUUUCACGAAAAACUGGUGACACGUGACAAACGACAUCAACAACUAGGUAAUAUUACAGAAGGUGGUGGUAUUGUUAUCAAUGAUCUUUCUCCAGGCAGUUAUGAAUAUCAAAUUAUGGCCAUUUCACUUGCUGGCAAUGGGGAGUGGAGUCCAAUUAAAAUAUUUAAUGUUCCUGUCUACUCAGUUCUUCAUGGUCGUAUUUUAAAUCAUCAGAAACUUUUGAAUGUUUUCAUAAUAAUAACAAGUGCAUUUCUGUUGGUUUGUUCAAUUGUUGGAGUUAUAUGUUAUAAAGUACGACGAUAUUAUUUAAAAGCUACUGCAUGGACUUCAAAUAAUCCAGAUUAUUGUACAAUCUAUGAAGUUGACGAUUGGGAGAUAAACAGAAAUGAUAUAGAUGUUCUUGAUUGGAAGUAUCCAAUUGGUCGUGGUAGUUUUGGCACUGUAUAUAAAGGUGUUGUUAAAGAAUUGAAAACACCAGCUAAAAUAUUUUAUAAUAAACCAGUUAAUAUUCCUGUAGCUAUUAAGACUAUUAGUGCAAACAGCACCUUGUUUGAUCAUCGAGAUUUUAUCAAUGAAGCAUGUUUUAUGAAACAAUUUCAAAGUUAUCAUUUGGUGCGCCUAUUGGGUUUAGUGACUAAAACUAAACCGAAGCGUAAAUCAUUGAAAUUCACUUAUCGUUGUCUGCAUUGGUUUCGUCAACGACAUUUCAGUGAAGUGUGUCAAUUUCUUAGUCGUUUCUCUCGUUCGUCAUCAUCUUCAUCAAAAUCACCAAAAUCGAAGCAGUAUCCUCUUUUAUCUUCAUUUAUAUCAGAUAAACAAAUGUUUGACGGUGAAGAAUGCAGCUGUCAUACAUUAGCUUCAUCAGAAAAAUUAGCUAGUAUUGUCAAUACCUCUGUAUUCAAUAAUACACAAUUAAUUGGAAUGGAUAAUAAGGUAGCACCAGAGAGUCCAUUAGUCAUUAUGCAAUUAAUGGCUAAAGGAGAUUUAGCUAGUUAUUUACGUCAUUUAGGCGAUAAAGGACAAGGUUCAGUUAAUCCAUCACAAGCGUAUCUAUGGGCAACACAAAUAGCUGAUGGGAUGGCAUAUUUAUCUGCAAAGAAAUAUGUUCAUCGGGAUUUAGCUGCUCGUAAUUGUCUUGUCGAUUCGCAUUUAACCGUAAAAAUUGGAGAUUUCGGACUAUGUAGAGAUAUCUAUGAACAUAACUAUUAUCAUAAAACAAGUCGUGGAAAAUUACCGAUACGUUGGAUGGCUCCAGAAUCAUUACAGACAGCUUACUUUACAACUCAAUCGGAUGUAUGGUCUUAUGGUGUAGUUCUAUGGGAAAUAGUUACUAUGGCAUGUCUUCCUUACCGUGGUAUGUCUCAUGAAGAAGUGAUUCGAUACAUCCUCAGUGGUAAUACACUCCUCUCCAAUGGUUUGCCUACAAAUUGUCCAGAGCUUUUUCGUGCGUUAAUGCUGCAUUGUUGGAACUUCAAUCCUUCGAAACGACCAACAUUCUUAGGACUGUGUGCUUUGCUUUCACCACGUUUUGGAGAUGCAAAAUUUCGGUUGGCCAGUUUCUUCUACCACGGUGAACAACGUGUUAUUGGCAAUCAAAACCGUUCAAAGGUUUUGGAAGCACCGGCCAAAUCCUUGGGUAAAUUAAAUGUAUCACCAGAUCAAGAUCCUGCCCACAAUCUAACAACUCUUUUAAGUACUUUUCUCGUUAAUCCAGAUGAUGAUCUUGGUUUGGAUGAUAAUAAUCUAGAUCCUUGUUUAACUGAUGAUUGUUCUGCUUCUUUAAUAGAAUUCAAAGUGAAUAGUCCUAUAACAUCAUGUAAAUCGCGUCAUACGUACUCUGGAGAUCCCGAGGCGAAAAGAGCUUAUGCAAUUAGUGACAAAGAUGUACCUUCGGGACUAAACGAUAGCAAUGCUGCCUUAUCAGAGGUGCAUGGUCUCCUAAGAUUCAAAGGCUUAGGUUCAAGUCCUGUUACUUCACCUUUCGUAGACUCUUGCUCUUUCCUCUUCACAUCUGAUGAAAUUACAAAAUCUGUUUCCGAUCUUCAAAACGAUGAUUUCAAACCUGUGGAAAAUAAACCGAACACUGAGAAUCCCAUAACAUAA